AUGGCCAGCGCCGCUGCGCCUCCUCUGCCCGACCUGCGCCGUCUGGCAACGCUGCCAGAGAUCCUCACCGCCCUCUCCACGCUCCAGUCCCGCGAGUCUGACCUCACCACCUCGCUCUCCGACCUGCUCUCCGCUUACGAGCCCAUCUCCGAGUCCCUCGCCAGUCUGCAGUCACUGGCCCCGCAACUCGAUCUCAUCGCAGAGGAAACGCACCUUCUGGACUGCACCGUUUCGUACACCGCGCGCACCGCCCAAGAUGUCGGCGGCCGCGUCCAGCUGCUGGACGAGGAGAUGAAGCGAGUGCGCGAGGCCUCAGAACGGGUGGGGCAGAUCGUCGAGCUCAAGUCCUCUCUGGCCGCGCUGCACGCCUCCGUCGAGGAGCACGACUGGGAAUCCGCCACGCGCCACUGCGCCCGGGCGAUGUCCCUCCCGCUCGACGUGAUCUCGGGCCCGUUCGCGGAGACGGCGGUGCCGACGCCAGAGAGCCACCUGCCGCCCGCGCAGACGCUGCAGGCCGCCCGCGAGCACCUCCUCGCCGUCUUCCGGCGCGAGUUCGAGCGGGCGUCCGCGGCGCGCGACGCGGCGGCCACGAGCCGGUUCUUCAAGCUCUUCCCCGCGAUCGGCUGGGAGGCCGAGGGCCUGCAGGCGUACGCCUCGUUCGUCGUCGAGCUCGUCAAGGUCCGCGCGCCGCCGUCCGCGAAGACGUCGUCGCCGCUGUACUACAUCACCGCGCUCACCGCGCUCUUCGAGAGCAUCGCGAUGAUCGUGGACCAGCACCAGCCGGUGGUGGAAAAGUACUACGGGACGGGCAAGAUGGGCUCCGUGCUCGAGCGCCUGCUCCGCGAGGCGGACCGCGUCGUCGCGGACCUGCUCGAGGGGUGGGAGGAAGAGCGGGCGAUGAAGCGCAAGCUGUCGGACAUCUCCACCGCGCCCCCGCUCACGGCGUCGGUGCAGCGGCAGGCGUCCGCGGCGGCUGCGGCGGCGGCGGCGGUGGACGACGACGACGACUUGGUGGACCCGCGCGAGAUCGACAAGGUGCUAACGGAGGCGGCGGGCAUGGGGGGUCGGUGGGGGCUGUUCCGUAAGUUCAUGCACGACAGACUGAAGGACGAGUCGGACGGCGAGAACCAGGACGGCUACGGGCCUUCUGCCCCCCUCCGUGAGCAGCCGCAGAGCUCGUCGCCCGCGCCGCCCGCGCCUGACGGGGGUUCAGCGAACGGCGGGCAAGCACUGGACGAGUCGAAGUCUCACAAGGCCAUCGAGAACAUGCUGCUCACCUACUAUACGCCGAUGGAGGUGUGGUAUGCCCGCUCUGUGAUCGAGAAGGCUCACCGACUAUCGUCACACGACUUUACCCAAGUGCCGGUGACUACCACCACUCCUGAUGACGCCUUCUAUAUCUUGAAAACCGUGCUCGCCAGGAUGCUCACGACGGCUUCUCUUGCCACAGUUCAGCGUACUUCUGAGUCCUUACGAGACGUGAUGGAUAAGGACUACGCCCGGGUCAUCAAGCACAAGCUAGACAGCGUGUACAAGGGCGGGACUGCUGGGCCUGGUGCUCGGGGCGACAAGGUGGAACGCGAGAAUAGGCAGUCGUUCAUUAUUUUAUUGAACGAUCUGGACGUCUCCUCGUCACAUAUGGAAAGGCUCAUCAAGGACAUCCAGUCAUCGACCCUGAUACCACAGCACUUUAUGGACAUGGAGGCUGCGAAGGUGAAGGACAGUCUGGCGUUGUUCCUCAAUCUUGUUCCCAAAUACCGGUCAACGCUGAGGGUGACUGCUGCGCCCAGACUGCGGACAUUCAUUCCUGACAUCUACAAAGACGUCUCGUACAUCCUAGACGAUGACGGCUACGCGGCUGCGGAGUUGUCGGACACUGUCCGCAAACGGUUCAUCAAAGCCUGGGAGGCUCUAAUCGAUGGAUACAAGGACUUCUUUACAGAGAACAAUUUCCGCCUUUUCUUUGGACUCGCGCUCGACGUGCUUGUUCGACCAUGGGAGAAGUUCGUGGCAACCCUGAAGUACAGCGAAUUGGGUGCAAUCCGAUUCGACCAUGACCUACGAGCCAUCAUGGCCUACCUUUCAUCCCAAACUGUAUUUGGCGACAUCCGAGAGAAGUUUGUCAGGUUGCAGCAGAUAGGAACGGUGCUCAACCUGGACUCGGAGGAGGACGUGGACGAGUUCUACAACGGCUCUGGGAUCUCCUGGCAACUGAGCGAGCAGGAGGCACGAUCCGUAGCAAAUUUGAGGGUAUAA